AUGACGAAGGCAGAUUUUGGUAUCUUCAGCUGCACUGUGAAAAACAGGUUUGAGGAAGUGGCUAAAGAAGAGUACAGCCUCGUUCAAAUCAAUGUGGAGGUGGACUCGCCUGUCUUAGUAGGAGAAAGACUUUCCUUGAGCUGCAGUGUUACAAAUCCAGUCCGCACACUGGAAAUCUCCUGGGUUGAUCCACACGGACACAAGAACAGUGGAGGAGUCACAGUACAAGCUGCAGAUCAACACCGCGGACACUGGACCUUUAUCUUAAACGAUGGAAGUACAGAGAAAAUAGAAAAAGUAAAGGUCGCUGUUAUUGACCUGCUUCCUCCAGCUCCUGUCUUGCCUCAGUUCACCUCCACUAGCCGCCCCGUCACUGUUCCCUGCUCCUUGUCUGCAAACACCUCCUGGGAAGAGGUUCAAUCCAAGGGCGUCCUCCAAGUCGGCUGGAACUUCUACCCCCCAACGCCCCUGUGUGAUCAAUCAAGUCUGCUCUCACUGUCUCUGGAGGUGGGUAAACAGACCUGGGUGAGGCAGACAGAAGGGAUGCUGCAGCCCGCUACCAACCCCAGAAAUGGGGACUUGUCUCUGGGCAGGAGACUGGGGCGCACAGAGGACGCGGGAGACUACGAGUGCUUCAUGAAGUUUCAGAACGGUGCCAUUCUGAGCAGGACGGUGCGAUUAGAAGUUCUGCAAAUCCUGGCAUCACCUGGAACACAGCUGACCGAGGGCCAGCAUCUGAAACUGAUCUGUACAACGGGUCGGUCGCUGCCGCCCGACCUCCGAGUGCUGUGGUUUCCCCCAUCUGAGUCUUCCCUACCCGCUGCCUCCACAUCUGCCCACAUUCACAUCCCUCGUGUGGGCAGGGCUGACAGCGGCACUUGGAGAUGUGAUCUGUGGAGGAGAGAGGAGUUGCUUACGUCUGCUGAGCUGCUGCUGAGAAUCGACCCUGUGGAAAACAGCCAUGUGUGGAGGUGGCUGACCGUGUUCAUCGCAGCGGCCAUUUUAAUUCUGCUGAUCGUUCUGUUUGUGGUUGUUCAGCGACGCAGACAGAGAACAAGACGACAGAGACGACCCAGACGACUCUGCCAGUGUAAAAAAACCGGGCAACACGGGCUGAAGCUAACGGCUAAACCCAGGCAUCACAAGAUGGAGGUGGAGCAGCUGCUGUCUCUGUCCGGCUCGGCUCUGGCUCAGGCCGUCAGCUCUCUGCUUGAGACGCCAGGACUCUACGUUUUCUCUGAUAUUCUGGAGCUGCCCAACGUCCGAGAGCUGGAGAACGGCCCUCACGCUCCGGUCUAUCACCUCCUUCACCUCUUCGCCUAUGGAACCUACUGUGACUAUAAAGAGAAGGCGGCCUCACUGCCAGAGCUGACUCCAGCGCAGAGGAACAAGCUGAGACACCUGUCCAUCAUCAGCCUGGCUUCUAACCUCAAGUGCUUGCCAUACUCUCUGCUCCUGCAACAGCUGGAGCUGAAGAACGUACGUGAGCUGGAGGAUCUGCUGAUUGAUGCCGUGUACUGUGACAUCAUCCAAGGAAAACUGGACCAGAGGAACCAACAGGUGGAGGUGGACUGCAGUGUGGGCCGAGACCUGGGGCCUAAUGAGCUGCCCAACAUAGUCAGCACCCUGCAGGAGUGGUGCACCGGCUGUGAGGCCGUGCUGUGUGGCAUCGAGGAGCAGGUCUCGCGGGCAAACCAGUACAGAGAGAGCCAGCUUAAGGUCAAAGUCCAAGUGGAAACCGAGGUCUCCAACUUGCAGAAGACGCUAAAGGCCAGUGCCGCCUCCCCCUCAUCAGGCCCCGCCCCCGCAGGAGGAGCCUCAAACCAGGACGCAGAUCAGCCUGCCGAGCCCAGAGACCCCGCCUCCUCUCAGGAGCCACGGCAGCCGGGCAAAAAGAGCUCCAAAGUGAAAGGUAAACAUUAA